AUGCAAGCACAUUUUCGCACUCCAGAUAUACCUGGAACUCUGGUUGAACCAGAACACGCACAUCAUCUUCGGGAACUGGUAGCCUCGUUGUGCCGUGUCGAGCAUACUCGAUUCCCCGGCUCUCAGCCUGUCAGCUUCAAAAAAUUAGACAUUGAAAGGUUGCAUAAAGCAGACUACUGGGUAUGCGAAAAGUCAGACGGGAUCCGAGUGCUCAUGCUUAUAGUGCCGGUUCAAGCUGGACAAGAGAUUUGUCUGAUCGACCGUAAGAACGCGUAUCGAAUCGUUCCUAACCUGUACUUUCCCCACUAUGGAGACAAAACUAGACCUCUCGGUCACACACUCCUCGACGGAGAACUGGUACUCGAUGUUGACGCUGUUUCCAAACAUGAAACACUACGUUUCCUCGCCUUCGAUUGUUUAGUAUGUGACGGCACCAACGUAAUGGACCGAAUAUUGGAGAAACGAUAUGGGAGGCUAAUGAACUUUGUCAUCGCGCCACACCAGAACAUGUUAAGGGAGCUCCCUGACAUGGCCCGAAACAGGCCAUUCGAUAUUGAGGAGGACAUCCCCCGAUUAAAACAUGGCACCGAUGGCCUUAUCUACACAUGCGUUGACACCCCUUAUGUGGUGGGCACGGAUUCGAAUUUACUUAAGUGGAAGGAACCAUCACAAAACAGUGUCGAUUUCAAGUCAGAGCUCAGGUUCCCUCCCAGCCCUAAUCGUCCGCAGGAGCCAGAUUAUGCUGCGAAGCCGGUAUUCCUUCUCAACGCCUUUCACGGCGAAAGAAGAGGGGCAGCACAUUACGAAUACUUCGAUAUAAUGGAAGUUGACGAUGUCACUUGGGACAAAAUGAAGACUACGGGCGAGCAAUAUGAUGAUCGUAUCGUCGAAGUCGCUUGGGACAUGAAGACCCAGAAUUGGACUUUCUUACGGUUCCGAGAUGACAAGACGGAUGGUAAUCACAUUAGCGUUAUUCAAAACAUUCUGGAGAGUAUCCGUGAUGGCGUUGAGAGUCCCGAACGCAGGGAUCGCCAGCUUAUUAGCUGCGCUGCUGCAGUGAAGGUUGCUUGGAAGGCAAGAGCAAGUGCCAAAUCCAGUAUGCAACACCCACCGCCGCCGCCGCCACCUCCACCUCCUGUCCUACCACCAUCCUCUAACGGUCGGCCAAACGACCACACAGGACCCAUCUACAGCAGAGUUGGCGGUCCUCUGAAAGCCGGCGGAUUCGUGCGGUAA